AGCAUGUGCGCUUCCAGCUCAUCAGGCACGCUCUUUCACUUACAUUUAGUAUUGCGAAUCACGAUAUACAAGAUGCCUUUCGGUUUCAAGAAGGGCGAUAAAGGCGAGGAGACGAGUAGCUUAAGCACACAAAAGGCAUCGCUGUUCGGCAAGAGCAAGUUGUCGAAGUCGCCAGCGCCCUCAUCCGCCAACCCGUAUGCUGUCCCGCCUCCAUCGAGCGACCCAUACUCUCAGCAGAGCGCAAACCCAUACGCUUCACAGAACCCUGCGAACGAUGUAUACGCUCCAAGAUCGCAAACAUCUCUCUCACAACCACCAGCGUCCUCGUUCGGCAGCCUGACGCUCAAUAGUGAGCAGUCAGGGCCGCCGCCGUACGGCCGCAACUCCCCGGUUCCUAAUAGGAGUGAGAAGUCGCCCGUGCCGACAGGUGGUUACGGUGGUGGUGCUCCACGUUUCCCAAGCCGUAACAGUUACGGACAAGCGAACGGAUACGGAGACAGCAAUCCGUAUGGCGGACAGAAUGGAAGCGCCCAAUCACGAUACGGUGCUGGUGGGUAUGGCGGCCUUGGUAGACGGAUGAGCCAAGAGACAAUGACCACAGAUGCGGGUCGCGAGGCGCUCUUUGGUGAUGCUGCCCAAAGAGCACAGAGUGCCGAGCAGGAGGAGUCUUUUGCGGCGAAUGAGCAGUCCAGCGAUGCGAGCUAUGCGAAUGCGGAUAGUCAAGGCGCUGGUGGCAUGCCAGGGAACUACGGAUACGGCGAAGAGCGCGAAUUGACCGCCGAGGAGCGUGAGAAUGCGGAUAUUGAUUCGGCAAGGCUGUUGAUCAAGGAAACUAAGCAGAAAACCGUCGCUUCGUCGAGCAAUGCUGCCAGAAUUGCUGCACAAACGGAAGAGACGGCUCGUAACGCUCUUAUACGCCUUGGACAACAAGGCGACCACCUGCACAAAACAGAGGAGUACCUUGAUGCGGCCGAAUACCAGAACCGACAGGCCACUAGCAAAGCGAAAGAACUGAAGACGCUCAAUCGUAGCUUCCUCCUCGUGCACAUGGACAACCCUUUCCGUGGUAAAGCGCUCGACAACGAAGCUGCCAAGCGAGCCGGCGAAGCUCGAGCACAUGAGCGCGAAACUGCCGUAGCAACAUCCGCGGCCGCAUACAACUCGACGAUGCGUCAUCGCGGUCAAGCUACUGAACUACGUCCAGAGCCUGGCUCGAGUAGUCAACAGACACAGCGUAAUUACACGGAUCGAGCCAAGUAUCAAUUCGAAGCGGACAGUGACGACGACCAGAUGGAAAACGACAUUGAGGACAACAUGAAUAUUAUCCAUCAAGGUGUCAAGAACAUGAAGAAGAUCGGCAUCGCAAUGAGCCAGGAACUGGAGAGUCAGAACAAGCUGAUUGAUCGUAUCAGUGGUAAGUCUGACAAGGUUGACGACCAAAUAGCAAUGAACCGGGCGAGACUGGACAGGAUUAAGAAGUAGCUGCGACGGUUCAGUUUGUGGAUGGUAAUUUGUUCGGCGUAUGCGCGCUCGGCACUGCAGUUAUUAGGGCGUCUGGGAAUGUUCGCUACUAGAGCGUAUGGCAAAGACGUCAGUAGCACGUGGAAGAAAGUAGCACCGCGUUGUGGAGUCCCCAGGGUACGGGUCGCAAGCACUCUGCUCCCGCAGUGCUUCGUCUAAUCAGUAUUGCGAAAGCAUCGUACAUACCCCGUAACUGCUGCGAUUGGUUCAACUUAGCC